AUGUUAAUAAGAGUUUUUCUAUACUUUAUACUAGUAAAAAUAUAUCAAUGUUUUCAUUUAAAUUACAAAAUAUUAACCAAAAAUAAGUAUCACCAAAAUUAUGUAAAAAAUAUUCAUUCAGUUAAUUACAUCCAUAGGUUUCAACAUAUAAAAUAUAGUCAAAAGAAAAACAUACUUUUUUCUUUUUUUUCAAAUUUUUUUAACAAGGAUACCGAUAAAUUUAAAUUAAAUAAAGAAGAAAAAGAAUAUUUAACAAGAAUAGGAGUAAAUGAUGCUAAUGACUACAAAUUAUUAACGAAAGCCCAUGAAGAAUAUAUAGAUACAGUUACUGAUAUUAAGAGCAAAUUAAAAUAUAAGGAUACCUUUUUUUUCAUUACACAAAAACUUAUUCAAAAAAAUUUAUAUGAUUUUAAACAAAAACAAAAAUACAACAUUUUUGGGAAAGAUGAAUACACAAGCGAAUUGUCUAUUAAUUAUAUAAAAAAUUCAAAUAUUGAAGAAAAAUUUAAAGAGCACAUCUUAAAAAAACUAAAUGAUGAAUUAUCUAAUAAGAAGUAUACCUUUCUAAGGAUAUUUAAAUGGAAAAGCGCUUUAGAUAUUUUUAACAUAAGUACAUUAAUGCUACCCGUUACAGCAAUCGGUUUUUUUUUAUCGAAAAUGGGAUUAUUUUCAGUUGUUGUUAAUAUGUUACUAACCUCACAUUUUUUAACAUUCAAAAAAGAUGAAAAGAGAAAAAUGAAAAUAAGUACCUUACUUUUAACUGCCGUACCGAUAUUAAUACAUUCUUCAAUAGGUUUUGUUUGCAAUGGAUUAUUUUGGGAAUACUUCAAGUUUAAUAUACCAAAUUUUAUAAAAAAGGAAAACGUCCUAUCACUUUUCAUCAAUACACAGCUAUAUAUAGCAUCCUUAAUAUAUUUUGUUAACAAUGAUGAAAAUGAAGAAGAAGAAGAAGAUCAUGAAGAAUAUAAUAAUGAUUAUAUGGAUUUCAAUGAUGUGUUAAACGUCGAUGAAAAUACCUAA